GCGGGGCGGGGCUCGCCUCACCUCCUCAGACCUCUGCCUGGUGUAUUCACAGUGAAUUCCCGGGUUUCCAAUGUUUUCCCACAUUGCCCGCCUCAUGAUCUCUGGUGAUAAGGCCCGCGAGAAUUCCACGGAAGGCUUACCACUGCAGGAGACAGUGACCUUUGAGGAUGUGGCUGUGACCUUCUCCAGGGAAGAGUGGGCUUUGCUGGAUCCAUCCCAAAAGAAGCUGUACAGAGACGUGAUGUGGGAAAUCUUUAGGAGCCUGACUACCAUAGAAACAAACUCAGAGGACCAGCAAAGUCAAGAUGAGUACAAAAAUUGCAAGAAAAGUCUAAGAAAUGAAGAGGUAGAGAAAUCCUAUCAGUAUAAAUUGUGGUAUCAACAUGGAGAAAUGUUCGCUCAGAUGCCAGAUGUGAAUGCACUCACAAAACAUGUUGGUAGAAGACAUGGUGAAAGCAUUUCCUCUAGAAGGCCUCUGGCUCAGCAGUCAUCAGGAGAUGGGCCUAUCCUGACUAAUGCUACAGUCAAAUCACAUGAACAACAAGGAGUUCAAGAGAAGCUGUCUAACUGUUACAAACAUGGUAACACCUGCACAAAACUCCAGUCCUUUCAGAAACAUGCAAAGACAAGUCCUGGAGAGAAACUCCAUGCAUAUAUGCUUUGUGGAAAAUCAUAUUCUGAUGGUACUGAAGAAAAUAUCAUUGAAGGGAAGCCAUUUGCAUCUAAGGAACAUGUGAAAUCAUUCAGUACCCCCAACUAUUUUCAAAUUGCAGAAAGAAGUCACAGUGAAGGGAUUAUGUAUAGACAUGCAUCAUGUGGAAGAGGUUUUAAUUCUGACCGUGGUAUUCAGACACAUGAGAAAGCUCACACUGGAGAAAAAAUCUAUUUAUGUACACAUGAUGCAAACCCUUUUACUAACAACAAUUUAUUUGGUAAUCAUGAGAAAAGUAACAUUGGAGAGAAAGCCUGUGUAUGUAAACAAUGUGGAAAAGCUUUCAUCAGACAAGAUACUUACGAAAUACAUGAAAGAACUCAUGCUCUGGAGAAACCUUAUGUAUGUAAGGAAUUUGGGAAAGCUUUCACAGGACAAUAUAGUUGUCAAAUAAAUGAACAAAGUCACACUGGGGAGAAAUCUUAUAUAUGUAAGCAAUGUGGGAAAGCUUUCGUCACAAAAAAGAGUUGUCAAAGACAUGAAAGGAUUCACAAUGGAAAGAAACCUUAUGUUUGUACACAAUGUGGAAAAGCUUUCAGCACAAACAAGGAUUGUAAAAUUCAUAAAAGAAGUCACACUGGGGAGAAACCUUAUGUAUGUAAGCAAUGUGGGAAAGCUUUUAGUGUGCAUGGUAGUUUUCGAAUACAUGGAAGAAGUCACACUGGUGAGAAGCCCUAUGUAUGUACACAAUGUGGGAAAGCUUUCAGCACAAGCAAGUAUUGUAAAAUACAUGAAAGAAUUCACACUGGGGAGAAACCCUAUGUAUGUAUACAGUGUGGAAAAGCUUUCACUACACAUGCUAGUUGUCGAAUACAUGAAAGGACUCACACUGGGGAAAAACCUUAUGUAUGUACACAUUGUGGGAAAGGUUUCAGCACGAACCAGGAGUGUAAAGUACAUGGAAGAAGUCACACUGGGGAGAAACCCUAUGUAUGUAAGCAAUGUGGUAAAGCUUUCAGUACACAUGGUAGUUGUCGAAUUCAUGAAAGGAUUCACACUGGGGAGAAACCUUAUGUAUGCACACAAUGUGGGAAAGCUUUCAGCACAAAGAAAAUUUGUACAAUACAUCAAAGACGUCACACUGGGGAAAAACCCUAUGAAUGUAAGCAAUGUGGGAAAACUUUCAGUACACAUAGUAGCUGUCAAAGGCAUGAAAGAAUUCACUAAGGAGAAACCCUAUGUACAUAAGCAAUGUGGGAAAGCUUUCCAUACACAUAAUCAUUGUUAAAGGUGUGAAUGAACAUGCACUGUUGAGAAAACCCAAGCAUGUAAACAAUAUCACUAUGUUUUCAGUACACACUACCUUUGCAAAAUGCAUGAAAAAACACUAGAGGGGCUGGGGAGAUGGCUCAGUGGAAUAAGUACU